CACGCCCCACGCUGUGCACACAAGGCGAGCUAUAUCUCGCGCAAACCUUUAUCGCAGAGCCAUUGUGAUGCAAUGAACGAAAAUAGAGACGCCUUGGAUGAGCGAAUGGAUGGGAAGGGUUAGAUAAUGACGGAAGGAUAGUGGGAUGUGCCCUGAACGGGGAGCGAGGGGCAAAACAGGCGAACGCGGCUAAGGGCGCCACGUGCUUCUCUGAGGCCCGCGAGAUUCGAUCGGGUCUCUCAUCCUUUCGACUGAUCGCUGUCAAUUUACUCUCUUCCAACUUCUCGCCAUCUUCCCUUCGCACCCGUCCUCUCCCCACACACAAACAACCGCCCCGUCCAGGCAGCAUCACCAGCCUCGCUAUCCUCCCCUACAUCCACUGCCGCUGCUCUCCUGCAGGCGCUCAUCUAUUUAAAGCAUAUCCAUGAACGUCGCGAGGCUUCUUCAGGACUCGCCCUCUGACGACCAUCGGCAGAGACAGGAGUUGAGGGAGAAACUCGACAGGGAUAGGGAGCGGGAGCAGACGCUCGAACGAGAUCGUGGAUGGGACAGAGACAGAGAGAGGGAUGCAGAUCGAGAACGGGAGAGAGAGCAGCGUGAAUGGGAUAGAGAAAGGGAGGCAAAUCGUGACUGGAGUCGGGAGAGUGCUAGUGAGAGAGCGCAAAGAGACAGGAAUUCUCUGUCAUCCUCUUCGGCCGCACAUCCGCCAACUCAUCGUUCCUAUCCUUCUAUUGAUCCGCCGCCUCGGCCAGGCAUUCACGAGUAUGAUGGCGGUCCGACGCUUGCGCCCCAUCCGUCCCGCUCAGCCUCGAACCAAAACCAAAAUAACAAUGUCUACUCUCGCUCGCCCCGGUCAGACUCGGUGCAUCCUCGCUCGUACAGUCAAGAAGGACGACAUGCAUCAUCCAUGCACUCUCAGCUUCAUUCACCGCCUCCGCCAUCUGCGCCGUCGUUCUUGUCUCCGCUCACUGCACCUCGUGAAGCCACUGCGGCAGGUCCCGUGCCGGGCAUGGCGCCCAGCAGUGCUUCACCCGAGCACCCGGCGGACUAUCCUCAUCGAGCUAAGAAUACGUCACGACAGACACACGGAAAGACGCCGCCGAUGUUCUCGCAACGCGACCGCGAUAGGGACCGGGAGCGGGAAUACGAACUACACAGAACUCGGUCCUUGUCUGGAUCGGGUCGGCCACGCACACCACCUCCAUAUGGCGACCCUCGCGACGUGGGUCGUACAUCGCCGACCACUGCGCGAUUGGGCCACAGACAGCAUUCACCUGCUCAGGGGUCGUAUUCCGUAGUCCCGCCUGCCGCGCAAUCGCACGCACAGCAACAUUUCUCGCUCCCGCACCCAGGCUCGCGCAAUAAUAGCAAUGCAUCAAUCCAUAGCUCGCAUUCGGCGCAGGGCCCGCCGUUGUCGCGUCGAGCGCCACCACUACCGGCGGGAGCAGCGCUACCUCCCCCGCCAAGCGCUUCGCGGGGCUAUUCACACGACAGCAACGGGGCGCCGACGCCCUCGGCGAUGAGCCGGCAGCCAGUCGAUGAGCUUCCGUAUCCGGCCCGAGCGCCGUCGUCGUCGUCAUCUGGCAUGAACACGGGCCGCACGCUCAAAGAGGACAUCGAGCGCGAGAGCCUCGAACGGGAACGCGAGCAGCGUGAAAGGGAAAGAGAGCGAGAACGAGAGCUGCGUGAACGGGACAGGGAGCACCGUGGAAGAGAGCUCCAACGCCAUACAAGCAGUCGGUCUGCAAGUGCUGGGGCGCACCCGAGUCCACCCAGUGCUAUCGAUGACAGAAUGAUUGACCGUGGGAGGGAAAUGGGUGAUGUCGAGAAAAUGAGAGACAUGGAGGCGAUACGUGCUGUAGCGAAUACGCGUAUGCAGGGCCAGCCGCGCGACGUUAGAGAGCGGGACGCGCUUCGCCAUCACCACCAUCAUCACCAUCAUCAUGCUUUCUCGCAUUCGCACUCUCACCCAGGCCAUAACAUGCAUCCGCAGCAUCAGCAUCACCUUCAACAGGCGCAACAACAGGCGCAACAGCAACAGCAGCAAUUACCACAUGUUCCCGGAACCCCAUACACUUACGCCCACACGGGCAAACCGCGAAUAAGUCGCAGUGGUGUGCUGAAGCUUGCCCCGCCUGGUGUAACUGUCCAGAGCAAUGUGCCGCCUUCAUCUUCGGAUCUCAUAUUCGCGGGUGCAUCCGGUGUUGUGAUGCGUACGGAGACGCUUUCGCUAGCCCCGUCGUCGCAUCCGCAUGGCUCGCAGCACCAACAGAUGCAGUCUGCACAUUCGGGGGCGUCCGGGCCGCAGCCCAUUGAACCAAUUCCUGUUAAUGUAAAGCAGCCGUCACCCCCUCAAACCAAUUUACAUCGACCAUCUGAGUUGUAUCAUGAAAAUUCACAUGCAUAUGAGGUGACGCACGGUAAAUCACACCUUCAGCAAUAUCCAUCGCAGUCAGGCAAGCACAGGCCGCCGUAUUCCGUUGUUCCGACAGGUCCCGGAGUACCACCCCCAAAUGCUGGACCACAAGGCCCGCCAGACGUGCAAGCAUCAAUGAUGGCGGCGCAACAGCAACACGCUCAACAAUUCGGGCCCAUGUCCGCGCAUCAGCAGAUGCAACAUGCCCAUUCUCAUUCUCAGUCUUUACCUCCGCCGUCUCAGCCUCAUCCUUUAUCAUCGCCGGGUAGCAUGCAUGCACAAGGUCAUCCACAUAUGCAUCCAAGUCCUUACCGAGUACCCCCACCGCAUCAAGGUUAUCCUCCACCUCCCAUGCACUACAACGAAGUGCCUCCACCUCCGGUUCCAAUGGCACUUCAGCCGAUGCCUGCGCCAUCGCCUCCUAUGCAAGAACCUCUGGCGGAACCGCCUGUACAUCUUGGUACUUUCAUCUUCCCGAAUACCCCAUUCCCUUAUUUCUUUCCUGCCCGCACGAACUCUGAUUCUCGGCGUGCACCGAAUAUUAGCCCUGGACAAUCUCAAUCCAAGAAGAGUACACGACAAGAGCCCGAUCAUGUUAUUGAGCACAGAGACCGCACGACUCAUGUUACGAUCCUUGUUCCGUCCACUCACCUUCCUUCUUCGCUCCCUACUGAUGGACGUCCACGCAUAUGGGGCGGCACACCGUUGCCAGUCAUAGACCCUUGGGGAAAUUAUACAAAUUUUGCCAAUCGUUCUUCAGCGGGUGCACGACGCUUGUAUACGGAUGAUUCAAACAUUGCGCUUUGUGCGUUGCAUUCCGGACGUGUGUCGUUGCCUGGUCUUCAACGUGCGCGGAAAGCAGGUUUGGACCUUUCAAUCAGGCUCGCCCUGUAUCGUGAUAUUGGGCGAUACAUCGGUGGUGUUAGCGCAUUUGCUGAUGGGGGCGCAGCCGAGGGUGCACCGGACGUGGAUGUGGGCUUGAAACAACUUCUGAACCUGAAAAGCUCAAGAGAAAUUGGUGAAGAUGUACGCCUGGAGGACGUAAACUGGUUAGAGACACCUAGUGCUUCAUGGACCAGCGGAAAUGACGGAAGUGGUAUAGAGGUCUUAAGUGCGGAAUGGAUGCCUCGCGGCUCGACUCGUAAGCUUGGGCUUAAGAAUCGUUCACAGCGUCUACGUGAAUAUACGGAACGACGGAGGGUGAUCAUGAAGGAGAUCUCUCCUGAUACUGUUGCUACUUCUCCGCGAUCGUCAUCGAACGUAUUAGGAAAGCGACCCUCCCAUGUCCUUGACUUUUCGUGCAAAUUAAUCGAAGACGAAGAGAUGUCCGGCGUUAGGACGAUUUUGUUUGGCAAUUACCACGGUGUAGAAUCGGCUGGCUUUAAAUACGAUCCGGUUGCGAUGAAUGUUAUUUUGUUCCCUACUACCUCGCCAUCUCGGCAAUUAGAUACAGCUCGUGAUCGGGGACGGAGAAAGCGACGCAAGCUCAACCACAGUAGAGCACAUAGUGUGGCUAGUGCGCUAGGAUUACAGAGCGAAGCCGACACGGACGGCGAGUACACAUCUGGCCGGAGUCGUAGAUCAUCUCCUUCACCACGCCAAUUAGGGAACGCGGGAGUUAUACUGGAAAAUAGCGAGGAUCGUUACUUGCUUGUUCAACAAGAUUCGAGUCUUGGCACGGACGAGGAUAAGGAGAACUGUCAGAGUGCUGCGAUGGUGGAAGGAAAAGACGCUCUUGUUGCUCUUGGUAAAAGCGCCAAGGGGCGAAGAUAUGACUUGUAUACUCUUCCGUCGCGUCCGUCGUCUGCAAUGUCCAAUCGCGCGGCUUCGCCGAAGACGAUACCGGUUAUGAACGGAUCCUGUGCUGCGAAGUCUGAAGUUGAACCUAUGACACCAAAAUCCAACAACAGUGCUCCUGGUUCACCUCGGGAUGCCAACAAGGGUCUCGAGAUUACUCAUAGCUUGGAUCUAACGGACAAAAAAGUGGACGAGGGCAAAGCUAAGGUGGGAGUGGCUGACGAGACACCUUCGGAACUGCCUGUUACGAAACCUGUUGGAAUCCCUACUCCUCCAGCAACGACGGCAACGCUACACGCUUCUUCACCGCUCCUUCCCUCCAACGACGUGCGGGAUAGGAGCGAACGUACGAUCGUUCCCCACGUGCUUUACCGUAAUUUAGGUGCAGAGGACUUCCAGUUCCUGGAUAACGGUAUCUCCUUUACGAGUACCGGACGUCUAUCUUUAUCGGAGAACGGUACGCAGAGAGAGGGGAAGGUGGUGUACAUACCGGUCGACCGAUGGCGCUGGGCUGGGACGCGGGAUAGACUGGCUAAUUCGAGUUUGAGUUCUAAUGGUGGUAGUUCUAAUAAGGAGAAUAAUGCCGUCACUGCUGCUGCUGGUACUGUUGAGGUGGCUGUUUCUUGAGGUGGCUUUAUUCGUGGUUAUAUUCGCGUCCAUUCGUUCGUUCUUCACGCUCUUCACUUGUAUCGAUUUUUGAAAGUUUUGUUGCUUUGCUGACGAUUCAGCGAUUCAGAGAAGUUUUUUACAAUUACAAUUACAUGUAUCUUAUGCAGUUCCUCGUUCUUGACCAUGUCCAUGUUUUUUUUCACCACGUCGUAGCUGUUCAUGGUAUGGCAAAUAC